UCCAUAAGUUAAAUAAACAUGUUUAAUAUUACAAAAUCUGCUCUUUACCAUAAUAUAAAUACAGGAAGAGCUCAUAUUAUUUCCUAUCUCUCAUGUUGAUGUUUUUCUUCUUGCAGGUGUUGCAUAUAUAACAUCAGACUCAGUCACUGACGAUUAAGAAGAUGAACAAACACAGGAAGCAGAUGGCAGAGCAGUUCCUGAGUCAGGCCCUGGGCAUCAUCUGUUUGCUGACCGGAGAGGAAUAUGCCAUUGUGAAGAAGAGGCCCUCUCACAGCAGCAUUCACCGGCAGAGCGGAGAGGUGCCUAUAAAGUGUGAUGAUGUUGCUAUGCAUUUCACUAUGGAGGAGUGGGAGUUUAUAGAGGGACACAAGGAGCUUUACAAGGACGUCAUGAUGGAGACUCACCAAGCACUAAGGACUAUGGAGAUCCCAGGAAAUGAGAGCUCAGGUCACAGUGAUGAACAUCUAGACACAGGAGCUGCAGAACUUGUACAGAAUAUUCAGCCAGUGGAGACCCCAUCAGACGUCAUUGCAGAACUAACAGGUUACAGUGAUGAAAAUCUAGACACAGGAGCACAUGGAGACCUUGUACAGAAUAUUCAGCCAUCAGAUGUCUCUGCAGAUGACAUUAAUACUGAUGUAUUUAUGAAAACAGAAGAUCUGAGUGUAACGUGUCAGCUGGAAGUUCUAGUGAAGGAAAUCUGUUACAGCGACAAUGAAGAACUAACCGGUCACAGUGAUGAAAAUCUAGACACAGGAGCACAAGGAGAACUUGUACAGAAUAUUCAGCCAGUGAAGACCUCAUCAGACGUCUCUGCAGAACUAACAGGUCACAGUGAUGAAAAUCUAGAUACAGGAGCACAUGGAGAACUGGUAGAGAAUAUUCAGCCAGUGGAGACCCCAUCAGACGUCACUGCAGAACUAACAGGUUACAGUGAUGAAAAUCUAGACACAGGAGCACAUAGAGAAUUUGUACAGAAUAUUCAGCCAUCAGAUGUCUCUGCAAAUGAAAACGAUGCUAAGAUUUCAUGUAACAUGGAACAAACAGAGGAUCAGUUGCUAAGAAAUGUUGAACCAUCAGAGCAGGAAAUUUGUGGCAAUAUAAGUGCAGGCCUAUGUGAGGGUGAGGACCUCUCAAGCCGGGUGAGAUGCCUUGCUGUCGGGCAUUAA